GUGGGAGGCUCUGUCACUGUCUUUGCUGUACGUGGCCUACAUCGUUGUGAUGAAAUACAACAUGAGAAUUCGGUGUUAUUUUGAGGGUCUGCGCUGUACUGGUCAAGGACAUUCAGGAGGGGAGCAGCCGAGAGCACAGCAAGGAGGGAGCAACAGGAAUGAUACAGCAACUGUCGUCAUUCAGCGAUCAGGUCCUGGAGCCAGGGACAGUUCUGUGCUGAUGGUCGAUGAGCUCUUCUCUGCGUCCCCUCACAAGCUGAGCUUCCCCGAGGCUAGCCUCCGUAUUAUGAUCACUCGUCACUUCCGGCCCAGGACCCGUCUCAGUAUGGCCAGCCGCAUGCUCAUCAAUGAGAGGCAGCGGCACAUGGGGACUCGAGCCAGCAAUCCAGACCCACACGUUUCCAUCCGUAUUCCCGAGAAGGAGCCGGUGGAAAAUGGCACCGGUGCCAACACUGAGGCCGAGUGGAACCAAGGAGCUGGGGCACAGGAGAGUGAGGAGGCUGGCGCAGGAAUCCCAGGGGAGGCUGAGGAAGAAGAAGGGAAGGGGGAACCAGAUAGUGGCGGACCACUCCUCCCGUUCAAAAUUCCAGGGGAGCGGUGUGAGGCGGUGCGGUGGGUUCUGGCCUGGCCUCUCGGCUUUCUGCUGUACCACACGGUGCCCAACUGUGCGCUGCCCCGCUGGGAGAAAUGGUUCCUGGUCACGUUCCUCUGCUCAACAAUCUGGAUCGGACUGUUCUCCUACAUCAUGGUCUGGAUG